AUGUCCGGUGCUAAGCAAGGCGGCGACCUCUUCGAUAUGGCCAAGGAUGGCACAUCCAUCCCCGGUGAUGCUGGAAAGAUGAACACAAUCCCCUCCAAGCCCCACCCAUCCCAAAAGAACGACGACGGUCUUGGCGCUACAAACCUCGCCAACGCAGCCGACAACGCUCUCAACGAGAACGAAGGCCGAGAGUCAGGCAUCGGAGAGGUCAUGAGCGCUACUGGACACGACAUCCCUAACUCCGUUACUGGAAAGCCCGGUGGUCGUGGUGGUACCCAGGGCAAGGAGGAGAUCCGCGCUGAUACUGGUGGUUUUACUAAGGAUCGAUCUGCGGAUAAGGCUUAA